GAUCCGUUCCCAUCCUCUGUACUAGCCGUUACUCCCCCAAAUCCCCGCGUCCGCCUACUCCCCCGAACCCCCCGAACCGAACGACUUCUCCUGCGUCGUGGGAGAAGGGCCUCUCGUGAUGGCGACGGCGAGGUCCCCGUCCCCGGGGCCGGCUGCGAGGUCCUGCUGCGCGUCCCUGAGGCGGAGCGCCGACUCCAGCCCCUUCAGGCCCAUUAACUCCACUCCGGAUUAUCCGCAGAGGAGCUCGUCUGUCUGCAAGACCGGUGGCGGCGGCCGCGCGUCCCCGCGGGCCUGGUGCGCGGAGAAGGAGAACGACCAACAGCGCGACGCGGCGACGACGCCCAAGGCUCGCUGCGGAGGCGGCAGCGUCGCGAAGAACUUCAUGGCGCCGACCAUCUCCGCCGCCUCCAAGGCCAUCGCGGCGUCCUCCUCGCCGAGGAAGAGGAUCCUCGGGGAGCGCAACAACGACCACCUGCCGCAGCAGCAGCUGCAGCCCGUCCCGUCGUCCCCAUCCGAGCUCGUGGCGCACGGCAUGCCAAGGAGGGCGUCACCACCGCCCGAGGUGGCUCUGGGCGCGCCGCGCCGCCUGCGGCUCUCGCUCGACGGGGCUCCUGCUCCUCCCGCGGCGCCGCCGGUGGCCUCGCACGGCGAGGCGGAGGAGCAGGAGGAGAGGGUGGAGAAUCCCGUGUGCAAGAUCCACCACCAUCACCACGGGGCCGAUGCUUCGUUGGACGCAGAUGCGGCAGCUCCGUACGAUCCCAAGACGAAUUACCUCUCACCGAGGCCUCGGUUCCUGCGCUACAGGCCCAACCCCCGCGUCGAGCAGUACCGGCAAGGCGGCGGGGGCAGCGUUAGGCGCCUCGAGGACGGCUUCGCCUCUGAGAGCAGCGAGGAAUCCGACACCGUCACAACCACCACGGCGGAGGAUGAGUUGAUUGAGGAAGAGCACGAGCAGCCGCCGACGUCGGUGCCAAAUGACUUCCCGGAGGAGUCGUUGUCUCUGGAUGCUACAUCUGAGACUUGUGCCGAUCCUGCAGCUCCGGCCGUGGUACUGCCACAGGAACCUGCGCCGGUUUCGCCACUGGCUCGGGUUCUGACACCGGAGCCGGAGCAGCCUACGGCGAUUUCCCCACGAGCUCGCGUACUGACACCUGAGGCGGAGCCUGCAGCAAGCCCAGCGCGAGCCCGUGCCAAGAAGAAGAGAUCUUCGCUGAGGUUCCUGCUUAAGCCCCUUGCUUUGAUUCUGUUCAUGGCUGCAGCGUUUGUCUGCGUGCCACUGCCGCCGGGUUCCCCGGUCAUGCUGAACACCUCCCUGUCCAAGGUGUCAGACUUUCUUUCAGUUCAAGAAUUGCAUCCUGUGGAGUUGGCUGCUUGGCUGAAGCAAUGGUCAAGCAGUUCGUUGGAUUUUGUCACGUCCUACUGGAAGGCUCUUGCUUCUUCCGAAGAACAAGAGUACUUUGGUCCGCACUUCGCAGCCAAUUUGAGUGCUGCAGUUGCUGAUGCAGACCAUGGUGUUUCUUUCUACUACAGUGCUGCUCAGACAGGGCCAAUGACAAGGGAACAAGACAUCAGUGCCAGUGUCUUGGAGCAAGAGUUAAAGAUUCAGGAGGUUGUUUCAGAGAGUGAUACUGAGGUGAUUGCAGAGCCUGAUGUAGAGGAAAUGGCAAACUUUGGUGAUGCUGCAAUGGAUCAGGAAGCCAUAUCUGCAAGACCCAGUGUCAUAGAGGAGGCAAAUGAGCACGUUGAUGCAGAAGUAGAGGAGGUGCUUACUGCUGAGAUGGCAGAAGUUCCAGGAAGCAGUGGAGAAGAGAUGUCAUCCUUCAGUCAGAAUUUGGACAUCCCUGCUCAAUCUGGACCCGAGCCUGAACAUGUAGAGGACAUGGACGAGUCUUCCUUGCAGCAAGAUGUUCUGACUGAUGAGUCCGAGGGUGAUCGUGCAGACGGCAAGGAGGGUCUGGAAGCGCAUCACGGUCAGAAGUUGGGAUCGAAUAUAUGGCCAGGUUACUUGGACAAAAUCUCAAAUCCUGCUGCAUUAGGUGCUUCUCUUGCUGCCAUUAUUAUUCCUGCUGCUCUGGCCUUCCUUUACAUGAGGCAGAAGCAAGCUCAUGUUGCCGUGAACUCCAAUGCACCAACCGAGCAAGCCGAGCAAGUUGAAGCUCAAUCUGGUUCAGGGAGCAGUGAAGGGAAUGUCUUUGUGAAAGGCUCGCAGUUUCAGAAUCCUAUGGUAGAAGAAACUGAGAGACUUGGUGGCUCUGGUGCCUCACAGUAUAGCAGCAGUUUGUCAUCUGGGCUUGGCAGGAGGACGAAGGACAAGGGGGAGGAGAGUUUGAGCCGUGAGCCAAUGCCGAGGAGGGAUUCUACGGCGUAUUCGACAUCAUCUUAUGGUAGUUUCACCACAUAUGAGAAGAUCCCUGCGAAGAAAAAAAACAAGGAAGAUGAGGCAAUGACCCCAGUCCGACGUUCCAGCAGGUUGAGGAAUCAAGUUAAAUCACCAGAAGCCUAAGAUGGGCAGCUAUUCCUCCGAACUACUAUCUAGAGGAUCUAACUUUUAGAUUAGCACACUUGCCACUUCGACAGAUGUAUGACGCGAUGAACAGUUUUCUGCUGUUUUUCUCUCUUCAAAACAAUUAGGACUUGUGUUGUUGAUUUGUUUAAGAUUUCAUUAGUGAUUGUUGACUUGUAUGCUCUACUGUUCUCAAAUUGAGAGAAUCCUCGUUUUCUUUUA